AUGGGAAGCAGGCUGCUGCUUUCCCUGGCUGCAGCUAUCAGCCUGGUCCAGGUCACAGUGAGUGAACCACUCUUAGUGAAGAUAAAUAAAACCUGGAGUGAAGCUCAGAGCUACUGCAGAGAACACUACACAGACCUGGUCAGCAUUCACAGUGCACAAGAAAUGGAGAAGAUAAACACUGCUGUGCAAGAUGUCCAGACAGAGAGAGUUUGGAUCGGGCUGUUUAGAAACAACACCAGCCAGCAAUGGCACUGGUCCAAUGGAGAUUAUUUCAUGUACCUGAACUGGUAUCCGUAUGCAGCCCAGUAUUCUACAAAUGUUGCUGUCUUUAAUACACAAUGGUAUGGUCUACUAUCAACUUAUCCAUUUUAUUUCAUAUGCCAGAAAGUGUCAGAGAGAGACAGCUCUGCCCUGAAGGGAUAUUAUUUGGUAAAGGAAUUGAAAUCCUGGACUGACGCCCAACAGCGCUGUAGAGAUGAGGGCACUGAUCUGGCCAGCAUACGCAGCCCGGAGGAGCAGGAGGCUCUCAAUACUCUCACUGAUCCAUUACUAGUAGGAACUGCUACUUUUAUCUGGAUCGGUUUGUAUAGAGAGAACAGCUCACAACCAUGGAAGUGGUCCAAUGGAGACCCAAUUGAAAAUUGGGAUAGUGGUGAACCAGACCUCCAGAAUGCACAGGACGCCUGUGUCAGCAUGAAUGGGAAUGCACCAGGAAGAAAACUGGGCUUCUGGGAUGAUAGGAGCUGCACUGAGAGAUUCUACUUUCUCUGUUCCGGAGCAGCAUCCCCUGCAACAACUAUAACUACAACGAACAACUCUGAAAGUACCCCAGAAACUACCGCUGCCACAACCACAGCUACCCUUGCCACAACCACAGCUACCUCUGCAACUACCCCUGCCACAACCACAUCACCACCUACCACAGCAGUAGCUGAAGAAUCGAGUGCUUCAUCUCCAGGUCCUGCUAAACCUACAUCCUCUGCAUUACCAGAUAACCUAUAUUUCCAUACAGAGCAGAAAUCCUGGGUGGACGCUGUGGAGUACUGUAGAGACCAGGGCAAAGACCUGGCCUCUAUCACCACCCAGGACCUGCAGGACACCAUAGACAGAAACCUCACUGGCACUGAGCAUGAGGUGUGGAUCGGGCUGCGCAAAUGCAGGCUGUUUGGGUCCUGGUUCUGGGUGAAUGGAGAUGAGCUGAGCUACACCAACUGGGGCAACAACUCAUCAUCAGAGCCCUGUACAAAACUGCUGGAAGAGGAAGGGAUAUUAAAAUGGGUUUCUGACUGCUGCCUUUCCAAGCACAGCUUCAUGUGCCAGGUACAGUGCUAG